UUCCCCUCUACUUAUAUUGCCCUAAUAUACGAACGAAAGAAAAUAGACCAACAUACAUGUACAGUUCGUCAGUUGUGAUAACAGCAUGAAGAUCGGCUCCUCAAACUGACACCAAAAAGCACUUCAAAAUAACCUGGGGUGAAGAAGAUUUUUUUUAAAACAGUAACGCGAGAGUAUGCUGACAUGGCGUCUCUGAAAACAUGUAUAUCUUCUCCAAGUAGCAACACACCCAAAAGUUCUUAUCUUGGUGAAAGUACAAGUUCGUGGACAAACGAAAAAGAACUUACUCUUCUAAAUAUAGAGUCUGUUUUAGAAAGCUCACCAGAUGACUUAUUUGAAAUGGGUUUUAGGGAUUUUUUCAAAGGGGACAAACAAGUCAUUACUCGUUACUUAAAGAAACACUUCCCUCUUUGUAAAAGUAACGAUUUGCAUUUGAAAGUUGAUAAAGAGUGCUUUGAAUUUACACUUAAUGAAAUUUUACCUGUUAAUUGUGAAGAUAUGGAAGAUGUGGAUGCGGCAGCCUUAUUUAGAUUUAAGAAAGAAAUUGAAACAAAAUCAUUUGCUGAAUAUACAAUGGAACCAAAAGACAGUCAUGACAGAAGUUGGUUGCAAAAUUGUAAAAGUUGUGAAGAGAAUGACAAAAAUUAUAAAACUAAGGAAACCACAUGUCAGCUAAUAUUUUACAGACUAAAGAAUUUUUCCGAUCAGUUAUUAAUUAUGACCAACAACAGAAAAAAAAAGGAUUUAACAAACAAAAUGUUCCAGGAUCUAUUCUUAUCCUUUGUAAGGAUUUUUGAUCUCAUGAUAAUCGAUGAUAAAAAUUUCCAAGCAUACAACAUGACUGUUGGAACAGAAACUAUUACAUCAGAACCUGAUGCAGUGAUAUGUAAAUUUUUCCCAACAGAUGUCCUUCAGUUUACAGAGAAAGUAAUAGCAGUGGUUCAUGUUGAGGAAGAGAAAGACAGCUGUGAAAAUAUUAGUGCGAAAUCAAAAAGAAGGAAAACUGACGACGACAAAACUUCAACCACAAUUGGUCAUAUUGGUUCAAAUUUAAAGGGACAACAUACAGGUGAAAUGAUAGCUGCAUUGCCAUCAUCAGUGUUUGGUUUCAAUGGUGUAUUUGGGUUUAUUGUACAAAAUUCAAAGGUUACUGUUACAUCUUUACGUACCAGUGGACAAUUCUGGGAGCAGCUUAAAAAAGGAAAUAUAAAAAAUGCACAUGCAACUGUUCGCUAUAGCCCACAAUGUAAUAUCUUAACUAAACAAGGAAGAAGUCAACUUAUUGAUAUAUUUUUAGGAAUGAAAGUAUUACUUCAAUGUCUUGAAUUGUAAACAAAGAAACUGUUUAUUGAAGAACUACUGACAUUGGUUUAAUUCAAAUGGGAAUAAAUAUUUAUAGGAAUCAAGCCAGUAAACAAUGAAUUUCUUCAACGUACUUACAGUACAUCAGGAUCUAUCAUUUGUAUAAUAAUUCAUAGGGUUUUAAUCUCUUGCUAUGCAUACAUCACACUUGCCAUGUAAAUCAAGACUCAUUCAAACAUGUCAGGAUUAGCCCAACUGUUGUCUUCAAAUUUUAAAGACAAAUAUGAAAAAAAAAUAUGUUCGUCUGCGAAUGUGAUAUGAUAAUCUCAUUUCAAGAUUUUUUGCAGAAAAAAUAACUGAUUAUACAUUAAAAGGGUAGUAAAAGGAAAAUUUUUCUCCAACAAGUUUGCCAGUGCUCUUGCGUGGACAGGGUUUGAUUCGUCAUGGUUUGUUUUCUAAGGAAAAUGUACUGUUUUAAAUCAGAUAACAAUUUUUUUCGUUCAUCUAACAGUCUGUUUUAUUUUACAUUCAUAUGUACAUUCUUUUACUAUACUGUAUACUAUACUUCAAUGGGCGGAUGCACCACUGUCCCAGUAAGGGGAUGGUUGAGCACUAACAAACAUGCUUAAUCCUGUUACAUUAUUUUUGUGCCUGUUCAAACUCAGGAUCUGUAUUGCAGUGUUUGUCGUUGGUGGCUGUCUGUCAUAAUAGCAUUUUGUUAAUUGCUUUAUAUAAAAUGUCAGACUGUUA